UUAAGCCAUUUUUAGUGGUAUAGAAAAUAGUAUACCGUGCUCAUCUGGCAACUCUGAUCGCAUGUGAUAUAUAUGACUAUUAUUAUAUUUAGUUACAAUUCCUGUCGUUCCAUUAACGCUGUUAUCUUAUUCCAUUUUGAGUCAAUAUAAUGUCGUAUAUGACAUAUGACAUAAUUACGAUAGUAAUGUAUUCUCUGCAUCCUGGAUUAACAGGCACAAAAAUGUUACCUGACUCCUGUAUUUUUGUGUCACACGCACACCCGAUAUUUCGAUUUCGAAUAUAGCUACAUGUAUAACCUCCCUGCGUGACAUGUGUUAAGAAGAUUAUUAUAUUUACCAUGAAUGAAGAUAACAACAAAAGAAAAAAGUAGAGAAGAAAAUAAAUUAUUAACCACAAUAAUGACUGAUUUUUCUGACAGUUUACAACAUAGUCACAUCCUUGAAGAAAUGAGUUUUCCGUUUAUAUACGGCUUUUCACCUGUUACAGAGGAUGGUGUGCCAAUUAGAAAAUUAUUUAUUAGUAACUUAGCACAAAGGACAUCAUUUAAAGAUCUUAUAAAAUUAUUUUCUAAAUAUGGAAAUGUUGAAAGUUGUUUCUUACGAAGAAAUCAAGGAAACAGUAAUUAUGCAUUUGUUACUUUUCACACUGUAGAAGCAGCUUCAAGAGCCAGAUGUGAUUUAGAUGUAAGAUUACACAAUAGAGAUUUAAGAAUCUUUGCUGCUCAUUCAUGGCAUCAACCAGAUAGUAUAGAAAAUCAAUAUUAUAAUGUAAAAGAUAAAUCAAAAUCUAAUAAAAAAGAAAUCAAUGAACAAUGUCAUCAAGAUUAUAUACAAAAUGAUAUUACAAAUACUAGUAUUCAGAUAUUAAAUGAUGACUGCUUAAUACAUAUUUUUCUUCAAUUAUCAAUUGUAGAUAGAAUUAGAAUAGAAAGAGUGUGCAAAAGAUGGAAGGCAUUAAGCCUUGAAUCUUGGCAUAGUGUAAAAAGACUGGAUUUAUCAUAUUCUAUGUGGGGUUUCUUACCUGCAUUAUUAAAAUAUAGAGAAAUUACUACAUGUACUAUACGAAAAGUUUUAUUGCGAUGUGGUCUAUAUUUAAAUGAAAUAAAUCUGUCAAAUGCUACAGUUAAUGUACAUCAUAGUACAUUACAUAGUACAUUAACUAUUGUUGGAAAGUUGUGUCCUAAUUUACAAAAAAUAGAUGUUACUGGUCUUACCAUUUCCCCAUCUGGUAUCAAUUCAUUAAUCAAUAACUGCCAUAAUAUUACAAAAUUUAGCCUUGGUUCUACUACUUAUGUUUGUGAUAUUGAUCUACAAAAAUUAUUCAAAGUUAAUCCAAAAUUACAAUAUCUCAAAGUGGAUUCUGGUAAAAUAUGUGGACGAUGCUUACUUUAUUUACCAUUAGAAACAAUUGAAGAAAUUGUUUUAGAAUGUUGUACUUCCCUCAAAGAACAAUUUUUAUCAGAGGCAAUUUCAAAAUUGCAAAACUUGAAAUCCCUUACAAUAAAUAAAUGUAUUGGUAUAUCUGAUAAUGUUAUCCAAGCUAUAGGCACACAUUAUAAAAAUCUAGAAACAUUAGAUAUUUCUAAUAAUUCGUUUAUUUUACAACCAAAUGAUAUGUUACACAUUGCAAAAUUAACUAAUCUUAAAAUAUUAAAAAUUAGUUUCAAUUCAAGUGUUAUGGACGAACUUCUUUCCCAUUUAGCAUCAAAAUGUUUGAGACUUACAUAUCUUGACAUUGCCGCAUGUUUUCGAGUUACAAAUAUUGGUAUAGCUGCUAUAGCAACUUUACCAAAAUUAGAAGUGUUAAUAAUGAGUUAUUUAGAUUUAGUAACGGAUUUAAAUUUACGAGAUAUGAUUAAUUUAAAAAGACUAGAAUGUCGUUCUUGUAAAUUUACAGAUCAAACAAUGAUUAAUCUUAUUGAAUCUGCACCAAAAUUAGAAUUAUUAGAUUUAUCACAUUGUAGUGGUAUUACAAAUCAAACGUUAACGAAAGCUGCCACAGUUACAGUUAAUCGUACUAAUAACAUGAUUUUAAAAAUAUUUGUUGGAGGAACAGCAGUGGAUCUUAGCACAUUUGAUAAAGUAUCGCCCUUCUUACAAAUAGUUAAUGUGAUUCUGCUUAUGUAGAUAUAUCUUGUAAUAUAUUUAACAAAUUUGUAAUAUUUAACCCUAGAAAAACGUAGGCUUAAGCCGUUACGUAAAAGACCAAGGGAAAAAAAAUAUGCUGAAUCUAUCUACAUUUUUUAUGUUUUUGAUCCAAAAGUGUGAU